GUGGCCUUCACAGAUUCUUAUAAAAGGACAUAGAAGAGACAAGCUCAGUUUUCUCCAAAGGAGAAGGAGCGCACUUAGAGGGAGCUGCGUUUUGGUGACCUCUGAAACUCAGUACUGCGGCGAAUGAGCUCCUGACCUUGAGGAGUACUUAACAGAAUUAUUUCUCGAAGAAUCAUUGUGGGAACCCUUCAAAGAACCCAGCGAAACAUGAAUUCUGGAAUCUCGCAAGUCUUCCAGAGGGAACUCACCUGCCCCAUCUGCCUGAACUACUUCAUAGACCCAGUCACCAUAGACUGUGGGCACAGCUUUUGCAGGCCCUGUUUCUACCUCAACUGGCAAGACAUCCCAAUUCUUACUCAGUGCUUUGAAUGCCUAAAGACAACACAGCAGAGAAACCUCAAAACUAACAUUCGAUUGAAGAAGAUGGCUUCCCGUGCCAGAAAAGCCAGUCUCUGGCUAUUCCUGAGCUCUGAGGAGCAAAUGUGUGGCACUCACAGGGAGACAAAGAAGAUAUUCUGUGAAGUGGACAGGAGCCUGCUCUGUUUGCUGUGCUCCAGCUCUCAGGAGCACCGGUAUCACAGACACUGUCCCGCUGAGUGGGCUGCUGAGGAACACCGGGAGAAGCUUUUAAAGAAAAUGCAGUCUUUAUGGGAAAAAGCUUGUGAAAAUCAGAGAAACCUGAACGUGGAAACCACCAGAAUCAGCCACUGGAAGGAUUAUGUGAAUGUAAGGCUAGAAGCUAUUAGAGCUGAGUAUCAGAAGAUGCCUGCAUUUCAUCAUGAAGAAGAAAAACAUAAUUUGGAGAUGCUGAAGAAGAAGGGGAAAGAUAUUUUUCAUCAACUUCAUUUAAGUAAAACCAAAAUGGCUCACAGGAGGGAGAUUUUAAGAGGAACGUAUGCGGAGCUGAUGAAAAUGUGCCAUAAACCAGAUGUGGAGCUACUUCAGGCUUUUGGAGACAUAUUAUACAGGAGUGAGUCCGUGCUGCUGCACAUGCCCCAGCCUCUGAAUCUAGAGCUCAGGGCAGGGCCCAUCACUGGACUGAGGGACAGGCUCAACCAAUUCCGAGUGGAUAUUACUCUGCCUCAUAAUGAAGCCAACAGUCAUAUCUUCCGACGUGGAGAUUUCAGAAGCAUUUGUAUUGGAUGUGACCGUCAAAAUGCGCCCCAUAUCACUGCAACACCUACAAGUUUUCUUGCGUGGGGUGCUCAGACUUUCACCUCCGGCAAAUAUUACUGGGAGGUCCAUGUGGGGGACUCUUGGAAUUGGGCCUUUGGUGUCUGUAAUAAGUAUUGGAAAGGGAUGAAUCAGAAUGGCAAUAUACAUGGAGAGGAGGGACUCUUUAGUCUUGGGUGUGUUAAGAAUGACAUUCAGUGCAGCCUCUUUACCACCUCCCCACUUACACUGCAGUAUGUCCCAAGACCUACCAACCAUGUAGGACUAUUCCUGGAUUGUGAAGCUAGAACUGUGAGCUUCGUUGAUGUUAAUCAAAGCUCCCCUAUAUACACCAUCCCUAAUUGCUCCUUCUCACCUCCUCUCAGGCCUAUCUUUUGCUGUAUUCACCUCUGACCAGAGAUAGAUCAGAUAUGUGUUCAUCUGCUGUGGGAACCCCUUCAUCCCAGAAAGCCCUCUUCCUUGUGCCUUAUCAAACAGGACAAAUAGGUUCUGUUUUAUGUCUUGAAUUGCAUUCUAAUGUUAUUAAAACUCAUUUAUUGUGUUACUAUUAAAGGUGGUAAAAACACUGAAA